AUGCACAAAGCCCGUCCCGAUUUCAACAAGCUCCAGGCCUCGCGGCCGGAAUUCCGCCAUGACGCUGAAGUCACCUACACCCAGCCCCCGAACGUCGAAUGGAAGAAUGGCGAUGGCGCCAAUGAUGGCGGCGAGAGCCUGAAGAAGAAUCACGUCGAGAUCAAUCCCUACGCUGAAGGUCGCCCGUCUGUAAACAACUACAAGCUCCUGAUCUCUGGCAUGGCUCCUCGGCCGAUUGCCCUCGUCAGCACCAAGUCGCAAAACGGGAAGGCUACGAACCUCGCUCCUUUCAGUUACUCGCAAGUUGUCUGCCACGACCCGCCCACUUUUGUUGUUGGGUUCUCCGGUUCAUUGGAGAAGGCCAAGGACACUUUGAAGAAUUUAAACGAGACCAAAGAAUGCGUGAUUAAUAUUAUCUCCGAGCACUUCCUCGAAGCUGCCAAUGCGACAUCUAUCAAUACGCCCUACGGACACUCUGAGUGGGAAACCUCCGGCCUGACACAGGCCCCCACCUCGGUCGUGAAACCUGCGCGCGUCAAGGAGUCAGUCCUGGCCAUCGAGGGAAAGCUGGUGGAGUUCAAAGAAAUUAAGAGCCGUUCUAAUCCUGGUACAACGAGCAGCGUAAUGGCCAUUAUCGAGGGUGUUCGAUUCUGGGUCCGGGAGGAUGCUAUUGACGAGGCACAGAGUGUCAUCGACUUGAAGGUUCUUAAGCCUAUCAGCCGAUUGGGUGGCAUUUCAUACGGUCGCACCACUGAGGUGAUGGAGCUCCCUCGUCCGGAAUUUCAGAAUAGCUGA